AUGUCUACAGGAACCACUACAUUGAGGGUCUGGUUGGUCCUUAAUAGUAUUACGUGAGAACACACUCCAAAAACACUUAUCGCCAAUCAAAGGAUAUUGCAAAUUGUACCUGUGAGACCUAUAUGACCAGGAUAUUUAAACUACCAAUAACUAAAUGGACCUAAAGUAGAGUAAAGGUUUUUUUGGAAUACGAUGCGAAAUAUUUUAAUAAGGAACACUCAAACUUAAGCAUCUGAAAACCAGUUGAACGCCAAAUGCCAGGAGUUAUACUCUAACGAACAUGGGCAUGCUGUGGCCCAACGAUUCUAACGAACACUGCAAUGAUAUUCAUGAUAUCUAUUCAGACAAUAAAUCGCAUAUUACUCACAACAACGACCGUUCAAGUUCGAUCACAACACGUUUUGAUGUAACAGGAACUAACGAAUCGAUUUCACACGAAGAGUGUAGCAAUGAGUUUACGCCAAAUGUGUACCGACAAAAAUCGUCGGAGGUCUAUAAAACUGGAUUGGAAACUCAUUGCUACGAGCAAAACCGCAAUUUGGAAAAACCCACAUCUAUGGCGCGUGUAGGGAACACAGAAAAUUACAUCCCUUACCAGCCCGUCGAAAACGAUGAUGAACCGUGUGCUGCGUAUUCCUAUCCAAACUCUGGACUCUCUCUUCUUGAAGAAGGUAAUACCCAUGAUCUAAACGUCAUGGAGAGGACGGAUGGUAGCAUGGAUGCGCAACCAUUGGCAUUUAUAACACAGAAUCAUGAACACGUAGGCAGAAGUUCAGAAGUUGAGCUUGGUGAUAAUGGCGUUUCCAGUAAUGUUCCAGACCAAGCAUCGGAAAUAUUUGAGGCCCAAGAUUUUAAUAUGGACGACAACACCGAUGAAACAAGUGACAUGGACGCAUCCUUUUCGGACGAUGGCAGCUAUUCAACAUUAGAAAUGGAUAGAAGCAGCAGUAUUCAAAGUCAAUCAAGUGAUAUACCGAACGGUGAAGGUCGUACGUCAGAUUCGUGGAAAUCCUUCCCUGCACCAAGGCCAUAUGGAGGGGCAAAUAGUUUGUACGAGCCUUUACACGAUCCUGAUAAUCCAAUCACUAUAGAUAUACCUACGCUAACAUAUAAAGGGCCUAAAAUAAAGCUUUACCACAACAGUGGUCUUCUGGAUGAAUUGACAGAAAUGGAGAAUGGAAUCAGAGAGGAAAUGGCCAAAAGCAUGUUAGACAUUAUGCUAGCAAAUAAGAAUUUCUUUGACAUCGUGCUGAAGGAUGUCCAACUAUCCCUAGAAGAAGAAAGAUCAUGAUCACUUAACACAUAUAGGCAUUAAAACACACGUAAAUGCACUAAUUUUUCAAU